CAGCUUCAAGUCAGGAGGAGCGACGUCCUCCUGCCGUUUUUACGUCAAAUGGACAAUUUAGUUUUGGAUUUCACAACAGAAGAAGAAGCUUGGAGCGGGUGAGCAUCGUCCUGCAGACUUCAUGGAUCCAGAGUUCGAGACCCACCGCUCGGAGCUGGUGGCCCGAGAGAGGAGCGGACACACGGCGGUGGUGGAGGACAACCUGCUGUACGUGUGGGGGGGCUACGUGUCAAUUGCUAAUGAUGAAGUUUUCCUACCCAGCGAUGAAAUCUGGGUGUAUGAUUUACAACAAGGUGUCUGGAGAGUGUUUCACAUGACAGGGGACGUGCCUCCCUCCAUGUCUGGGAGCUGCGGCUGCUCCCUGAAUGGAACCAUGUACAUAUUUGGAGGGUGUGACGACAACAGACAGACCAAUGAGCUCUACUGUGUCAACCUGACAGAUGGUAAAUUCAGGUGGAGGAAGAUGGCACACAAGACCGGCUCUGCACCGUCACCUCGAGACAAAUUCUCCUGCUGGGUUUAUAAAGGACGGUUAAUCUACUUUGGAGGAUAUGGUCACAAACUCCUGACUGAUGUCGACAGCAGGAACAGAAGCUUCAUUGUAGAUGAAGCAGCUUGGGUGGAGGAUGUUUUCUGGGGAUGGAACAAUGAGGUUCAUAUAUUUGACCCCAGGCAAGAGGGUUGGAGUGAACCAAAAACCCAUGGCCGUGCUCCCGCCCCCAGGGCUGCCCAUGCCUGCGCCACCGCUGGUCACAGAGGAUACGUGUGUGGAGGCAGAGUCAUGGAAACCAGAACAACUGACAUUCACUGUCUGGACUUUGAAACAUGGACCUGGUCAGAAAUACAUCCGGUGUCCUCGGCUCCGGUGGGCCGGUCGUGGCACACACUCACAGCGGUAUCAGACAGCACCUUGUUCCUGUUCGGGGGUCUCAGUUUAGACUGCAAACCAAUGAGUGACGGGUGGCUGCUUGACGUUGAAACCAAAACAUGGAGAGAAGUCGAACAUCCCUAUAAGGACAAGCCAAGGUUGUGGCACACAGCCUGUCCAGGGAAAGACUCUGACGUCAUUGUGUUCGGUGGAAGUUGUGACUACAUCCUCCUUGUUGACACUGGUCACUGCAAUGAUGCACUCGUUUUCCAGAUGCAGCCGUAUCCUCUAUUCAGGAUUUGUGAAGACUUCAUUGCAAAAAACGUGAGGAGCCAUGAGAUGCUCAGAAGCCAGUUUCCGCUCCUGCCUCCUAAGCUCCUGGCAGCAGUGAAGAAGAGGAUGUCGUUCUACAGGACUUCAAAGAAGCAAAAACCGACCUGAACGACCAACAUUCACCUAAAUGCCAACAACAAUGCAAUAUCAGUACAAUUUUUAUUUAUGUAUUGUUCUCUCGUCAGUGAGAAUAUCUAUCUCACACUGCAGGGUAGUAGUUUUAAAUAUUUGAUAGUGUUAUAUAUAUAUUAUUGUUUAUUGUGUUCAUGUGAUGACUGUGAGGAUCAAAUAACACAGUGGGAAGUUUUGUUUUGUCUAAGUUCAUUUUGGCAUACACACACAAACACACACACACACACACACAGACACAGUUUCUCUCCAUCACGAUCACAUGAUCUUGUACAUUUUUAAUUGCAACAUAAACCCAAAAAUUACAAAAUCC